CAAAAGCCAAGGACGAGAGUCACUUCCUGUUUUUAGCUCUCGACAGGCUCGUGGAUGGCAUUGACUGUGAUAUAAGUUAAAAUCAUGAAUAUUCUCACUCACUCUCAGAAACUGUUGUCGGUAUGUAGAGCUAGCGUUGUGCUGGACCGCACUGGUGUUUUUAGAAGCGUCUGCUUGGUCCCCAAAGCUCGUUGUAGCAAUUUGUUUCUGCCUCGAUGUUUUACAUCAAAUGUAUCCUCAUGUCAGCACUGGCAUCAUGUAUCCACCCGUAACUUAGACACAAAACGAUUGUAUUCAGAGAUAUCUAGUGAAGGCAAUAAUUCACAGAGGAGCACUGGCGUGUUUCAAGAGGAGUCACGCGAGAUGGACAAAGACAGGCAGUGAUCCUCAGAGGAGUUCACUCUUGAUGUGCUGGUGUCUCUACUGCGUCAGGAAAAUGCUGUGGACAUCUGUGUGAUUAAAGUACCAGAGCAGAUCACAUACGCAGAGUACUUCAUUGUUGUCAGUGGGGUAUCGCCGAGACAUCUCAGCGCAAUGGCAUUUUAUGCCAUCAAAGUGUACAAGUUUCUGAAGAAAGAUGGAGCUUUGAAUGUCAAGAUCGAAGGAAAGGGUGCAGAGGACUGGAUGUGUAUUGACUUUGGGAGUAUGGUUGUUCACUUCAUGCUACCAGAGACCAGAGAGGUGUUUGAGCUGGAGAAACUCUGGACUCUUCGCAAGUAUGAUGAGCAGCUAAAGAGCAUGCCCAUUGAGACGCUACCAGAAGACUUCAUAUAUGAUCUUGAAGUCACAAAGUGACAAAUCAUCUAAGCUGUGCACAGACUUUACUACUUCUUUGGAUGCAUCCUCUCCUAUCCCUGGCAUCCGAUGGUAUUUGUGAAAUGAUUUUAUGAAUCCCUUUAUGAGUCAGCUGGUGAAAAUAUGUAUGUUUUAUCAUAUUGUGAUGGUAAAAAUAAAUUAUUUUAAUACCAUU